GUAGUAUAUAUAUGCUGCAGCAUCCCCUCUUGUGCUGUUGUGCACAUUGAUCGCUAGGUCAUAAUCAUACGGCAUUCAGAAAAAAAUAUUUCGCAUGGCUCAGUACAGAGACAAUAUCAAGUAUGAAGAGGACUUCUUUGUGAAUUCACGAGGAAACAGGCUGUUCACCUGCAGUUGGACGCCGAGGAAAUCACAGAGCAGAGCUCUGAUCUUUAUCUGCCAUGGGUACGGAGGUGAGUGCAGCAUAUCCAUGGGAGAUACGGCCGCUCGAUUAGUACACCGUGGCUAUGCUGUUCACGGAAUCGACCACGAGGGCCACGGCAAAUCUUCAGGCUCGAAAGGCUACAUAUCGAGCUUCAGCGACAUCGUCAGAGACUGCUCUGACCAUUUCAAGAGUGUCUGUGAGAAACAGGAGAACGGGCUAAAGAAGAGGUUCCUCUACGGCUUCUCCAUGGGAGGAACCGUGGUGCUUCAGCUGCAUCGGAAGGACCCUCUCUAUUGGGACGGUGCCGUGUUGCUUGCCCCUUUUUGCAAGAUGUUCGAUAACAUGCGUCCUCACCCGAUCAUCGUCAGCACACUGAAGAUGAUCAGCACCGUUGCGCCUAGCUGGAGAGUCAUCCCUGCCAUAGACAUGAUUGACAAAGUCUGCAAAGAUCCCCAGUUCAAGAAAGAGAUCCGUUCCAACCCGUACAUGUACAAAGGAAACCUCGCACUGCAAACAGGCCGCGAACUCCUCUCCGUCGGCCUAGACACCGAGAAGAACCUGCACGAGGUCUCGUUGCCGUUCUUGGUCCUGCACGGCACUGACGACGUCGUCGCUGAUCCUUGUGGGAGCAAGCUGCUGCACGAGAGGGCGUCGAGCAGGGACAAGACACUGAAGCUGUAUCCCGGGAUGUGGCACGUGCUCAUGGGCGAACUGCCGGAGGACGUCGAGCGCGUCUUCGCCGACGUGAUCUCGUGGCUCGACGACAGGGUGGGCGGUACAGCUACCGUUCCCGGCGGCAUGGCAGAUCGUCAUGAGCUAGUAGAGUGUAGAGAUGCAGUAGAAUAGAACACAGGCCGGUUGUAAAUAAGUUACAAGGAUGUAUUGAGCCUUUCAAGCAUUUUUUUGAACACAAUAGGCUAAAUAUUCUAUUCGUUCCCAAAGUUCAAAUAAAAAAAGUUGUAAACGUGGCCGAGCUCUAGUGCUAUACAAUUUCAUAUAAUC